GUCUGUAAAUAUUUGAUGCCGAUUAUCAAAUUGUAUAUUCAUUUGCAAUUUUCUUUUUAUGUUGUCAGGUAUGUUGUUGGACAAUACCCAAGAUUUCUUAGGGCCCAUUGGAAGUUCUUGAAAACUGUUGUCAAUAAGUUGUUCGAGUUCAUGCAUGAAACACAUCCUGGAGUUCAGGACAUGGCUUGUGACACAUUCUUGAAAAUUGUUCAGAAAUGCAAGCGCAAAUUUGUUGUUGUACAGCUCGGAGAAAGUGAACCAUUUGUGUCUGAACUUCUAACAAGCCUUCCAACAACCAUAGCAGAUCUUGAGCAUCAUCAGAUUCAUACGUUUUAUGAAUCAGUCAGCCAAAUGAUUCAAGCGGAAUCUGAUCCUCAGAAGAGGGAUGAAUAUUUGCAGAGGUUGAUGGAGCUUCCAAAUCAGAAAUGGGCUGAAAUUAUAGGACAAGCACGGCAAAGUGUCGAUUUCUUGAAGGAUCAAGAUGUAAUCAGGACUGUUCUUAAUAUAUUGCAGACAAAUACAAGUGUUGCCAGUUCACUUGGAACAUAUUUCUUGCCACAAAUUUCACUGAUCUUUUUGGACAUGCUUAAUGUGUACAGAAUGUACAGUGAGCUUAUAUCAACCAGCAUUGCAGAAGGGGGCCCUUUUGCGUCUAGAACAUCUUAUGUAAAACUUCUACGCUCUGUAAAAAGGGAAACCCUUAAGCUCAUCGAGACAUUCUUGGACAAAGCUGAAGAUCAAGCACAGAUUGGAAAGCAAUUUGUGCCCCCAAUGAUGGACCCGGUGCUUGGUGACUAUGCUAGGAAUUUGCCUGAUGCAAGGGAGUCAGAAGUCUUGUCACUUUUUGCCACAAUAAUAAACAAGUACAAAGGUGCUAUGAUAGAUGACAUACCUCGCAUUUUUGAAGCAGUUUUUCAAUGUACCUUGGAGAUGAUUACCAAAAACUUUGAAGAUUACCCUGAGCAUCGCCUAAAGUUCUUUUCCCUGCUUCGUGCCAUUGCUACGCAUUGUUUUCCUGCUUUGAUUCGUCUGUCAAGCCAGCAACUAAAGCUUGUUAUGGAUUCUAUCAUAUGGGCUUUCCGGCACACUGAAAGGAACAUUGCUGAAACUGGGCUAAACUUGUUGUUGGAGAUGAUGAAAAACUUUCAGACUUCUGAAUUUUGUAAUCAAUUUUACCGGACUUACUUCGUGACGAUAGAGCAAGAAAUUUUUGCUGUCUUAACAGACACAUUUCAUAAACCUGGGUUCAAGUUGCAUGUCUUGGUGUUGCAGCACUUGUUUUGCCUGGUGGAGUCUGGUUCGUUGACAGAACCUUUGUGGGAUGUAACAACUGUUCCUUAUCCAUAUCCAAACAAUGCAAUGUUUGUACGUGAAUAUACCAUAAAACUUUUGGGUACAUCAUUCCCAAACAUGACAACAACUGAGGUAACCCAAUUUGUGAGUGGACUGUUCGAGUCAAGAAAUGAUCUUUCCACAUUUAAGAAUCACAUACGAGACUUCCUUGUGCAGUCAAAAGAGUUCUCAGCACAGGACAACAAGGAUUUGUAUGCAGAAGAAGCUGCUGCUCAGAGGGAAAGGGAGCGACAGCGGAUGCUUACUAUUCCUGGGCUUAUUGCACCUAAUGAAAUACAAGAUGAAAUGGUGGACUCAUAGAAUUCGUAAUCUUUGCCGUGGAACUAAUUUCAUGAGUUUUGACUCUUCAGAUUUGCUGUGGACGCCUAGAAUCUCUACCAUGCAUUUAUGGAAGGUUGCCAGUUCAGUAAUUUUUUCUCCCUAUUUUUUCUCAUGUGUCCUGAAUUUUCUUUUCUUUAGUUUUUGAACGCGGGUGAAUCGUGAAGGUGUCCCAGUGCGAAAGGCUUGGCUACUGAUGAAACUAUUGGGGGUGUAGAGUAAUUAGAAAGAUUCUAAUGUAGGGUUUAUAUAGUCAGUCAAUUGUACGGGUUCCUGAAUUCAGCUUGGCCUUGUAAUUCAUGACAUAGGUUGAUGAGAUACAACUGUUUAAAAUCACAAUUUAGUAUUUGAUGAUCCAAAGUAGUAGGUGUAAUGUAUACAACUCUCUGUGGUUUGUGUUGUGCAGAAAAUCUUUUCGUUUAUUGGUGGUCAAUGAUGUAUCUUAGGUUUUUGUUUGAGAGGUCUGGUUUUUAUGUUUUAGUAAAUUUUGGCUAAGUUUAUGUUGAACAUGCAAUGGUGUUUCUAAUGUGUAACAGCCUUGUUUUGUCUCUAGUGAUGAUUUUUUUCUUU